AAUUUUCUAAUCAAAAUGCAAUUUUACGCCAACAAUUUGCUGACAAAAAUUCUGCAAUUCUUGUACUGCAAAAUGACAUGCUGAUUUUACAGGAAGAGUUGGAGGAAAUUCAGCAAGUAACACAAAACACCAGAAAUGAAAAAUGCUACUCAGCAGAUAUUAGGACACUUAUAUAUGACAUGCUUGUGUGCCAAGUUCCUACACAUAGUGUGCCAUCUCUGCUCUGGAAAAUUGGAGAACAUACUAACUAUCGAUUUAGUCAAAUUCCACAUCACACAAUUGUAUAACAAAUGAUGCGUGAGCUCGGUGUUCUUUCAGACUUACAGACUGCUGAGCUAGCAUUUACAACAAAAGAUCUAACACUUGGUUUUGAUGCAACAACCCAGGAGGGUGUACAUAUAAAUGCUGUUCAUUUGACAACCAAAUCAGUAUGUAUGGUUGUAGCUAUUGAUCAACUUCCUGGAGGUACAGCUUAUGACUAUCAGAGUCAUAUUACAAAGUCUGUUGAUAAUCUUGUUAAGUUAUAUAGUGACUUCUAUCAAUUCAAAUACACUGACGUAAGAAGCACUAUUAUUGGAAACAUAACAAAUAUGAUGAGUGAUAGAGUUGCAACAAACUGUGUAACAAUCACAAAAUUAAACAUUGUUUGGCAGAAAUCAUUAAAUAAACUAAACUGUCACCUUCACUCCUUGGACACAAUGACCAGCUCUUGCAAGUCUUCACUUAAAGCAUUAGAGACUUCAAAAGAGAAACUUUUUGGAAGAGACUGCAUUGCAGCGAACAUUGUUGUACAGCUGAACAAACUUCGCUACAAGGAUGCAAAAGGUGAUCCAAAGGGUUUUGUAACCUUUUUGGACCAACAUAAGUUGCCCAGAGGAUUGCUACCACGCUAUAGAGGGAACAGACUGCAUAUGCUUUUUCUCAGAUGUGGUAUUUUGAUUCAUCAUUAUGCCAUAUUGAAAAUAUUUCUGUGUUCUGGCUUGGCAUUAUGCAGAGGUCAGCAAAAUAGUUUGUUUCAAGACUUUACAUCUGAAACAGGUAUCCGUGAGUUGUGUGUUUUAGCUUUAAUUGGAAAGUUACUUUCUGGUCCUUGGAUUACUAAAUUUUAUAUUUCACCAGGUACAGGACUUGACUACAUAUCUGGCAUUCAGGUAGUAAAAGAUGUUCGCAACACUCUUAUUGAGAGCAGCAAGAAUCUCUUUUCUUUACUUAAACGAAAAACUGAUUUCUUUGGUAAUGAUAUUAAAGAUGUAGUUUUUGAUUCAAUAAUCAGCUUUUGCCCAGUAACUGAUCAAAUAAGUAAAUCAAUAGCUGACUGUCUUAAUGCUGUUAUUGGCGUCAUUGACAGGCAGUACAAGCGGCAGUUCGAAAUGAGUUCUAAUGAUCACCUUAAAGACCAGACUAAGUCGGCUAGGCUUCACAACAUUGAUUCAGAAGAGCUUAUGGGUAUGUUUAGCGCUGCAAAGCACAAAGCUCCAAAUGCCACUCUUUGUUUUUUUUUCUUCGAAACUUCGUGCUUGCAAAAAUGAAACAACUACUCUGCUAUGCAAAAAGCCUACUAAUAUUCAAAACAAGUUGAUAUCAUGGGCUAUCUCUAAUGCCAGAAAAAAAAAGCGGUUUAAAAAUAUGCAAUGUCAUAAUGACCUGAAGUUAGAACUGAUAAAACGGCAGAUAAAAUUCAGAAAAGGGAGGACAAAGAACAAAGACAGGUAGAAAAAAUGUUAAAAAACUGCAUGCCUGAUCAGGAAAAAAAAAUGUUUCCAGACCUAUAAAAUAAUAAGGCCUCAGAUAUUGAAGAAAUUCUUAUUGGAGCUGCUAUUGGAAGAGGUAUUUGCCACAUGUGGUUCAAUUAUGCCACUAACACCCAGGAUGUAUAUUAUGGCAGAAUUGUAAGCAUUAUAAAGAAGAACAGUGAUGUAUAUAUAGUUUCUUAUUGGAAACCAAAUGAGAACGGAGAUGAUGAUGGCGUUGAGUAUGAUAUGAGCAAAUAUCAACUCUUUGCAGACAUAAUAAGUGGUGAAAUGGUGAUAACAUAACAGAAUUGUGUAAUAAUAAGGUAGUCUGGUAGUUGCAAACAUCCAACAACCAAGGUUGACCUGGUUGCAACGUGCUAUGGGAAACCAAAGCUCAUUUGCUCUUUGACUUAAGCAAAUUGCCUGGCUCAUAACAAUCACUGUUAAUCAUAAUGAUGGCUAUGCAUGCUUUCUACCCAGAAAGACAGACUUUUGCUUGCAUGGAUUGAGUUUGACUUCAAGGGUCGACUCUUAUCGAUUUUUCUGUUUGGUAAUCGGAAAUGUGUUGUGUAACAGGAGUUAAGUGAUUUUGAAUUUAUGUAUUAGUUAGUUGUUAGCCUUAACUUUUUUUUAAUUUUAUAUAUCUGGUAUACUUUAUCUUAUCCAUCAUUGCAAGGUUACACAACAUGAUGAAAACAACACAGUUGCUUUGAUGGCUGUUGAUCUUUUUCGUGUCAAGAUAAAACCGAAAUCAUUGGAUUUGGUUUCCUUCACGUACUAACGAAUCAACUCUUUCUAUCUAUGGAUGUCACAGUUUUGUUUGCUUCAAAAACUAGGCUUUUUUCAAAGCCACAAUUCUGUUAAAUACAUUACUAAGCAAAAAAGAAAAUAAUUAUUUUAGUUUAAA